AAGGGGGUGAAAGUGUCCGGACUGGAAAAGGGGAAAGUGUCCGGACUGGAGGGGGGAAAGUGUCCGGACUGGAAGGGGGUGAAAGUGUCCGGACUGGAAGGGGGUGAAAGUGUCCAGACUGGAAGGGGGGGGGGAACGUGUCCGGACUGGAAGGGGGUGAAAGUGUCCGGACUGGAAGGGGGUGAAAGUGUCCGGACUGGAAGGGGGGGAAAGUGUCCGGACUGGAAGGGGGGGAAGUGUCCGGACUGGAAGGGGGUGAAAGUGUCAGGACUGGAAGGGGGUGAAAGUGUCCGGACUGGAAGGGGGGGAAAGCGUCCGGACUGGAAGGGGGGGAAAGUGUCCGGACUGGAAGGGGGGGAA